AUGGCUGGCACUUUGCCUCCACUGUUUGAGAUUACCGCCGACGAUCAUGGUGGAUACAGUGCGGUCGCAGUCUAUACACUGCUUGCAUUGACAAUUGUCAUUGUGUCCACUCGCUUGUCGACCCGAUGGUUUAUCGGUCGUGUCGUUCAUCCUGACGAUAUACUGUUGGGUAUAUCAUUGUUACUCGGAAUAAUACAGAGUGUAUUCGCUCAACUCGCAAUCUCAAAUGGCCUGGGUCGACGACUAUUGAACAUCGGCGAUCACCAGCUGGAGAUGUAUCUUAAGUAUGAAAAUGCCGCCCAAAUCCUCCUCAUUGCAACAAUCGCCUUCAGCAAGCUCUCUCUGGCCCUGCUGUUCAAGAACCUGAUGACAUCGCGCCGUUCAUCUAUCGCAAACCAGACUCUGAUGGGCGUCAUUGUCGCAUGGGCAGUAGCUUCAAUCAUUGCCUUGGCUCUUCGGUGCUCCAUGCCAACUCCUUGGAAAUGGGAUCAGCCGGAUAAAUGUAUACACCAGGCUGCACUUUUCCAAGCAAUCGCUGCGUUGAAUAUUCUCACGGAUAUUGCCCUCGUGGUACUUCCCUGCUUGUUGCUUCGUGAUGUGCAGUUGACCCGCUUGAAGAGGUUCAGAAUCAUGACAUUACUUGCCAGCAGGUUUUUGGUCUGCAUCGCAACGGGUAUUGCAAUCAAGUACACUGUGCGAAUGCUCAACUCGCCCGAUAUACCUUGGGCAAACACAAAUUCCACGAUUUGGGACCAAACCAUGAUGAACCUCAGCAUCAUCACAACCGCCCUCCCAUCUCUCGGUCGCCUUGUCAUCGAGCUUCAACCAAGCAUCCACGCCUUCACCAUCAAUGAAGAUCCAUCUGAUCCACGACCCCCAGGCACCGGAUACAACUUUUCAUCCAUGGGCAAGUCAGCGGCAGACCAUGACUUCAAGCACGGAACCCAGACGCAAGUAACAACUGGUUGGCGGGAGUCACUCAAGGAUGAUGGUGAGAGUACGGAGGGGCUGGUCACUGGUGCUGACCAGCAGAAUGUGAUUCAGCAGACGAUUCACUUUGAGGUCCACUAA